UGUGGCAACCAGAUACAGGCCAUGCAGUGAUUGGUUGUUUCAUGUCUAUUCCUGCAUGUGAUACAUAUGGGGAAAGCACGCACAGUCUCCUGGGAGUUCCUGUAGAUGACUGCCACACUAUGCCUUCUCUGCCUCCUUUUCACUGGACUUCCCCUUUCUGCACUGGGGGCUGACUGCUGCUGGACUUCUAUUUUAGCCUGUGAUAUGCAAAGUUACUUGCUAGGAGUUUGUACCAAAUGUGUUCCAGAAUCACACGCAGAAGCCUCUUGGGACACCUUCUCUGUAACUAUUUCUGUUCAAAGCCAGUGGCUGGGUUGCCAUUGGUUCCUGCACGAAACAGUCACUAGGAGGACACUGCAUCAACCAAUACACUAGGCCUAAGAUAAGCUGAGUUGGCAACACUGGGCUGUGCCCACAAGCAAGAUGGCGGCCUCCAAGUGCAAACGGUUGUCAGGGGAAUUGUCCCGCCGGUUCUUGGCCUCAGUGGACACUGUGUUGUUUGACUGCGAUGGGGUCCUAUGGCGAGGGGAUGAGGCUGUGCCUGGAGCGGCCGAGCUAGUCACCGGGCUGAAGAAGAGUGGAAAGCGUGUGUUCUACCUGACGAACAACAGCACGAAGACUCGUCACAUGUACGCAGAGAAGUUGGGCCGUCUUGGCUUCGGGGCAGAGCCCGGGGAGGUGUUCGGCACGGCCUACUGCACAGCCAUCUACCUGCGAGACAUGGCACGGCUACAGGGCAAGGUCUACCUGAUUGGUGGUGGGGCGCUGAGCCAGGAACUGACGGCAGCUGGGAUCCCCCACCUGGGCAGCGGGCCAGACCCGGUGACCGGGAGCUUCAGGGACUGGGCGGCCGUGCAGAGGGACCCUGAGGUGCGGGCUGUGGUGGUCGGCUUCGAUGAGCACUUCAGUUACAUGAAACUGAACUGGGCACUCCAGUACCUGCAGGACCCAAACUGCCUGUUCGUCGCCACCAACACCGACACCAGGCUGCCCCUGGAGGGAGGCCGUACCAUCCCAGGAACUGGCUGCUUGGUGCGGGCGGUGGAAACGGCUGCUCAUCGCAAAGCUCAGGUCAUAGGGAAACCCACCUCUUUCCUGUAUGACUGUGUAGUCAGAGAAUGUGGCCUGGACCCCUCUAGGACUGUGAUGGUAGGAGAUCGCCUGGACACAGACAUUCAGAUGGGUUCUACAUGUGGGAUCCAGACACUCCUGACCCUCACUGGCUUCUCCAGCCUGGAGGAUGUGAAGUCCCACCAGAACAGUGGCUCCCUGUCUCUGGUCCCAGAUUUUUACGUGGACUCUGUUGCUGAUCUGCUGCCAGCAUUGUCUCCCGGUGAUCAGUGAAGCAAUUGGUGCAGGCGCAGGCAGUGGAUUUUCACCCAUUACUUGAUUAACUUUAAUUUAUGCAAAAUUGUCUCCAGGCUUGAACCACCUAUGUGAUAAUUCUUAUACUGUCCUCUUAUCAGUACGUCGGUCAGUGGAUACACCGAUGCAUUGGGCUUUUCAACCAUCUUAAUUACAUGGUUUAUUAUCAGAAAUGAGUUAUCUGCCAAACUCUCAUCAGAAGGCAGGAUUAAUGUCUAAUUCACCUUUUAACGCAAAAAAACAAAUUUUACAGUUUC